AUGGCCGCCAGGAGGUUCCACUUCGACAGGCAUUUCAGUUCACUUUUCCUAGUUGGAGGUGUGUUUGGUGAUAAAGUGAAGUCAGUGUUGGAGGGAGAUUCUCUUACUCUACAUGCUGAUAUUACUGAAAUACAGAAAGAAGAUCGGAUACAGUGGAAGUUUGGACCUCAAAAGACUCGUAUAGCUGAAAUCAACAAAGAAGCCAAUACAGUCUCAAUAUAUGAUGAUGUUUUUGAUGGGAGAUUCAGAGACAGACUGCAGUUAAAUGAUCAGACUGGAGAUCUCACCAUCACAAACAUCACAACUCAACACACUGGAAUUUAUCAAAUAAACAUCAGAGGCAUCAAAAUGACCUCACACAGAUUCUAUAUUACUGUCUAUGCUCAUCUGACCGUUCCUGUCAUCACCAGAAACUCUUCACAAUGUUCAUCAUCAUUAAGCUCAAAUUGUUCAUUAUUGUGUUCAGUGUUGAAUGUGAGAGAUGUGAGUCUGUCCUGGUACAAAGGAAACAGUUUAUUGUCCAUCAUCAGUGUGUCUGAUCUCAACAUCAGACUCUCUCUACCUCUGGAGGUUGAAUAUCAGGAUAACAACACAUACAGAUGUGUACUCAACAAUACCAUCACAAACCAAACUCAACAUCUCAACAUCAAUCAUCUCUGUCAGAUGUGUACAACAGGUGUGAUUAAUAUAGUUCUUAUUUACUGAGUUGAUCUAAGAUCAGAUUCAGUUACAAUAAUAUAUUUUAUUAUUUAUUAUAGGUCUCA